UAUAUAUUAUGCAGAAGACGAUGAUUACCAAUAUAAAAUAGAAGUCUGUCACAAUAGCGCGGAAAGUAUAGCUGUAACACAAAUGGGGAAAAAAUGGAAAGGUGCUAAAUCCUGGUUGACCAUAGGAACAUAUGAUGGAGCUCAUGUUACUGGUGGGAGUAAGUACUAUUUUUAUUCCAUGUUGAUGAUGUGACCAUUUAAACUAAAAAAUAUAAUACAUUGUACAUUAUGUUGCAAAUGGCCCUUGCAAAACCAUGUGUGGCACUCAAGUUAAGCCCUGCCAGGUGUGGUAAGAAACUGCAUGGGGUUGUGAGGAGGGGUUUUUCAAGCUUUCCCCACGCAGCUACCUCUUGUAAUUGUUUCCCAUGAGUUUAAUCUGUUGACGCGGGAAUAUGCAUUUACGGCUCUGUGAUUGUAAGAAGAGCUUAGGGGCUCCUGGCUUUGGAUUUUAGUGGAGGAGAUUCACAUUCAGGGUAGUUUCUGUACAUUUUUGUACAGUUUACAAUCCCCUAUUUUUUUCUGGCUGAUUGUAGAUGGCAUUCGCUGCCAUCCUGGUUUCUUAUGGUGAGUAAAAUCUGGGGAGAGUACAAAACGCCUCUAGGAACAGGUACUACUACAAAGAUAGUGGUACAGGCAGACCAUCUGAACUGUUUGAGGCAUUGUGAUGUCCCGUGGGAUGUGUGAUCUCAUACAUUUACUGUAUUUCGUGACAUUUGCUCUCAGUGAUUGGAAGAAAUGCUUCAUAAAACACAGAAACUUGCACCCUUUUAUCCCAAAUGUUAAUAUAAUGUAAGGAAGAUGAAUAAAGAUAACUUAUCCUAUGUUUUUACUGUCAUCUUCUGUGUUGUUUGGCAUUUCGAGUUGUUUGAAGCUGACCACCCCUUACUGAAAUCUUACAAGGGGUGGGUUGUGCUUGGGCUCUUUACUGUCAUUUGCGUUGAACUGCUUGAAACGUCCCCCUCCUCCUCAGAACCCUUUGCUCUUUACUGUCAUUUGAGGUUGAACUGUAGUGGCAGAAAUUCCAUACUCACUUGCAAACCAAUGUUUAAAUAAAUCCAGUAGUCAUGGGGCUCCAAAAUAUUUUGUUUUGUCAUUUUGGUACUCAGUGGUGAUACAAAACUCAAAUGCUUCUUUUGAUUAUUUCUUUUUAUCUAUUUUGUUUUCUUUUUUUUUUUUAUUUUAUUUUUUGUCAUUUUUAUAAAAAAUGUUUCAUCGACCAAUUUAGCGCUUCUGACUGGAUUCCGGACAGAUUUUUCGUCAUCAGUAUGGAAUUUCUGUCGCUGAGUCGCAGACGUUCCUCCGCGUGAAACGUCCCCAUCGACGAAGAGCGAGGAGAAACGGAUGUUUUCACUGGCUACUCACUUGCCCAAUAAAUAAAUUCCGGCAAAAUAUUGUUUUGUCAUACUCAGUGGUGAUACCAGUUUCUUUUUUUAUUAUUUUAUUUAUUCAUCAUUUUUUUACAAAAAAAUAUUUCAUUUUAUUUUUUGUCAUGUUUUUUCAUGUUCUGGGAUGUUCUGAAAUGUUCCAGAAUACAGUAAGCUCAGAUAUAAGAAGCCUGUGAUUUAAUUAAGAACCUACAGGUUGAAAUUUCGCAUUUUAAAAUAUAAGAACCUUUUCAGCCUGGAAAAGAAAAAUAGUUUCUUACACAAAAAAGUCAAUCCAAUUUUGAUGUUCAAAAUUUUGGAUUUUAAUUGUGUGAGAAACUUCUGACAAAACUUUAUUGUGUAUAUUUUUUCUUUGAUUUAGGUUUGCUUGGAUUUUCACUAGCAAUUUCUUUUCUGUAAACCAUUAUGUAUCAGUAGUGAAAUAUUUUUACCAAUGGUUACACUACGACAACCUCUGAAAAAUAAGAACCUAAAUUGGGAAAAACUACCCUAUAAUAGAAGAACCUGUUCAACCUGACCUGAAAAAUUCUAGGUUCUUAUAUGUGGCCUUUGUAUUCCAUGUUCCGAGUUUUAUCUACAGCCCUGUUAGCAGCCAAAUGGGGUUUCACUGUACUGGCAUAUCACUCUAAAAAGUUCUCACUUACAUCUGUAUGAUGAUGAUGACGAUGAUGAUGACGAUGAUGAUGAUGAUGAAACUUUAUUAACCCAUUCGCCCCUGAACCGCCCGUAACCGCCCGUGCGGAUCCAGGUCCUUUCUACCCUUUGUGACGUCAUCAGUUUUAACGGUCAAGGACAACUUUCUUCGCUAACUUGUGCAGAGUGAAGAGAUCUUUUAAACCAUACCAGAAUGAGCACAAUUCAGUCAAGGAGGCGGAGGGAAGCAAAAAACCACGUGACAUUGACCUGAAAAUCUCCAUGAAAAUUUUGUUCCAUUACCCAACCCCUUUCACCUAAUCCUAAGAUCCUAAAAGCUUUCCUAAAAACUCUUCCCACCAAAAUGAUGCCUACUAAAUGAUGAAAAAAAAAUGAUGAAAUGGAAAAAAGAAGGGAGGAUGAAAGCGAAAAGUAAAAGUCAAGACUGCUGUGUCACUUUUAAACCCAAAAACUAUCUUGAAAUUUUGAUGAUGAUGAUGAUGUUUUGAUGAUGAUGAUGAUGACCUGUAAACUUUAGUUUUAGGUGCACAACAGUAAAGCUUCCUCCUAGCAAAAUUAGGAUCCUAGCUUAAAAACCUAUGCUAAUAAGGGGACACGAAAUAAAUAAAUAUAAAUAUAAAUUAAAGUAUUUACGUAUAAGCGCAGGUAUAAAAAAAAAUAAUGACAUUAACAAUAUUUACAGUAUGACAAACUAUAUCUAAUGCACGUAUUUUGUUUUUGAAACAUUUUAAGGUGGUAACUUCUCUCAAGUCUGGAGAUAAUUUUCCCCAGAGAUUGGGCCCCAAGUGGCGGAGGGAGUGCUUGCCAUAUGUUACCGUGUUGUACCUGGCAGCGGAGAAAUCAGACUGCCUUAAGUUACACUUAGAUCUAGGCUCAAUAAAAAUGUCACAGAUAUAGGGGGGACAUAGAUUGUUCUUGGCUUUAUACAUUAAAACACUAAUGUCUUGUAGUCUUCUGUUCUGUAAACUUGGCAGUUCUGCUCUUUUUAGAAGUUCAGGGUAGCUAACAUUGUUCCUAAAAACAGCACGCAGGCCCCUUUAAAAAUAUGCCAGGAAUUCUGCAAGGUUCACCCAUGUUACACCCAUGUAGAUAAAAAUAAUAGCUGAUGAUCAGCUACUGAUGAUUUCUUGAUUAUAUUUCAAUUUCUCAUUACCACAGCUGAUUGGAUAAUGAUAAAAUAUUUCCAUGGUGAGAAAUACCACAGUCAUUGUCAAAAUGUAGAAAGAAUUGCAAUUGUGCUGGUGACUUGCGAUCCAGGCGUGCAAACGGUGAGGCAACUUCCUUCAUGUAUUAUUAGUGAAUUUACUUAAGAGAAGGGCAGAGGAAAGAAGAUGACAAACCUUGUGUGACAAACAUUGAAUUAUUAUUGUUUGAAUAAAUUUUCUGCCAACGUUCACCUUCCUUUAAACAGAUGUUUAUGAAAAAGACCACACCACAGUUUGCUCUUAAACAAAGGUGCUAUGUUUGUCACUCACAAAUGUUUUGCCAUCCUCAUCUUUGAGCUGUCCUGUUGCAUAAGCUCACUAUUAUAGCAAUAAAGAAGGCUACACAUUGUUGUUAGGCUGUAGCCUAUAGCAGUAUACCUAGUAUAUUCAUACAUUUGUGACAAAGAGUGAGGGCAAGAUGUCGGCAAAGUUUCUUCCUCUUAUGGCAUAAAUUACUGAGGAGUUUGAUAACAUUGUUGUAUUGUAAUGCACAAAAUAGUAUGAAAGAUUAAAAUGGUUUGACCUCUUGCUAGUUUUACUGUACAAAAGAAUUUUUUGUGUACCAAGAGCUUGGAAUUACAUAAUAUUAAUAAUUAUAAAAUACCGGUAAUAGGCCACUUGCAUUAGGAGGUCACAUGACCAAUGCUUCCUUUAAACAGUGAGUUGGAAUCUUGCUGAUGCCAAAAAUUGACAGAGUGAAUAAAAAUUAUCUUACAACCCCAAAUUUGAGAGGAAAUGCAUUUAAGGGAGAUAUUUUAUGGCACUUUGAUUUUCAACAAAUUAAUUAGUAUGAUUUGUAUUGGCUGCUGUGUUGGAUGGCAUACUCUUGCCCUCCAACAUGGCAGCCAAAACUACUUUUUACUUGUAUCUUGUUAAAUGUUUGAUAGUUAUGCUCAGAUGUGCUGUAAACAUUACCACAUCUUUUCAACAUUUUCCUUGAAGUUUAAGUGCUGAAUUUGUGUUCAAGUGGUGCAAUAGGCCAUUUGCACUAAGAAGUCAUCAGAGGCUAUUUUUAUAACUUAAAAUUCUAUGAUUUGACUUUCGAAAAUCGAUUAGUGGGUCAUAUCUUAAACAAAAUAAUAGUGAUUUGGUUUUUCAAACCCACUACACCAUUUUCUUAAAAAUUAGGAGUAAGUUUGUAGUUGGUCAUGUGACCAAAAUGUGACUUUUAAAAUUAUGAAUUACCUCCUUCUGCAAUAUUGCAACCAUGGUACACAUUGAUCUGAUAUAAUGAUGCAUAUUUUAUGCAUUUUGUUAAAUAAAAGUUAAAAACAUUCACUUUACAGGGAGCUGUCAAAAUUAUUGAGGAGUACAGGAACACCACUAAAGAUAGUAAAGGCAGAAAAGUCCCACUGGAAUGUUAUUACCUGUUUGAGCUUAAUCAUGAUGCGGCUUGCUCAGUUAAGGACAAGGGUUUGAGUCCAGGCUCCAUUAUGCUGAUCAUGUGAGUUUUGUUCACUUUUGAAAAAUUCUAUUUCGCCAGGCAAUUUGUAUGGUGGUGCCAUUUCAACAUUAAAUACCACCAAAAUCAAUUUCGUUUUUCUUUAAAUAUGUAAAUUUAGUAAUCCCAGCAAGGUUUAAAUUGAGAAAAGCCCUACAGUUGAACCUUCGCUAACAGCCACCUCUCUGCAGCAGCCACGUCUUUUUUUUCAUCCUGGCGGACAAAAAAUGCAAUGAUACAUUGUCUCUUGUUUAAAACCUAUCUACAACAGCCACCUCUUUACAACCACCACUUCCUUCAGUCCCAAAGUUAAGGUGGCCAUUGUAGAGAGGUUCAACCGUACACGUUGUUUGCUCAUUAAUAAGCAAAGCUCCCAUGGAUCAGGGUAUAGAAAAGUGACGUCACCAUGCAAUUUUUAGUGACCUACAAUAGGUGUAUUUAAUUUGUAUUUAUUCCUCCUUUGUGUGUUACUUGUGAUUAUUAUUAUUAUUAUUAUUAUUAGUGCGCAAAAAAGAAAAAUAAUUAUCUGAACUUGAUCAAUGAAAUGAGUAGAAAUUACAGAUGUGUGAGAUUUGUAAAUCUCUCCAUGAGCUCCCUUGGCGUUUGCUCCGAUGAAUGCUCCCCGUUCUUAGACAUGAUGAAUGACAUCGGCAUUGACAAAAAGCAGCAACUUUAUGUAAUCAAGAAAAUGAUAAAUAUAGCCAUUAGAGCAAGGUAUUACAUCUUUUGUUGUAGAAAUAGGAAUUGGGAUAGCCCAGACUUAAUGCAAUUUUGAUUUCUUUUCUUUUCUUUCUUUCUUUUUUUUUUUUUUUUAAUCAUCCAAUCUCAAGCAGCAUUUGUAAAUUGCCUAUACAUAGCGAGAUUUACAAAAUUUCUACAUUCAAAAACGCAAAUAAAGUUUCCAUUAUUUUAUUAUUAUUAUUGUUUAAUUGUCUUUGACUUCAUACCUACAGUGGAUGAAUGAUGUAGGCCUUCCUGAUUUAGCCUGUUUUACAUGGUGUUUGAAAAAAUUAACCCUGGCAAUUGAGCCAAUCAAUUUUUUUUAUAUAAUAACGAUCAUAGAAUUAAUAUAAUAAUAAUAAUAAUAAUAAUAAAAAUGAUGAUGAUAAUAGUAAUUUCAUAAAGCAUUGAUAAACCUGUGUGUCCUCUUUUUCUAUAGACUUAUUGUUGUGGGGACAGUUUAUUUAUUGCUUGGCUUCUUGUAUCAGAGAUACAUAGCUGGUGCGAAAGGUUUGGAGCAAAUUCCUAAUUACGAUUUCUGGAGAGACUUUGGAAGUUUGCAGGCUGUAAGUUUUUUUUAAAGUGUUUAUUGAUUUGUUACAACUGUGCUAAGAGAGAGCAGCAAUAAAUUUACUUGGAAUCUGUCAACAGGUAGUUGAAAUGUCAAUCGCUUUCUUUUAAAAAUUUACUGUUAAGAGCAUUUAUGUAAAGAAAAUAUUUUCCUAUAAUGACUAAAUGAUUGAGGGCUAAACAGAAUUUAGAAUUGUUAAUUGUCAAUCUCUUUCACCAAUGGACCUUUUUAUAGGACAAUGCUCACCUAGAUGUUCAUGACAUAACUCAUGGCCUCUAACCACUGAGAACACACAAUGCAUGUAUUAUCUUUUUAUUUCAAUCAAAAUUAUUUUCUUUUUUGUAGGAUGGGUGUAACUUUAUGUGCCGAUGUUCAGAGGCACGUCCAACAAGAUACAAAGUGAGUAAACAAAAAAUUCAGCUACAUGUGCGUGUAUCAGUAAACAAACUUUAUGUGUUGGAAUAGAAAAAGAUGUUGUAGUUGUAAUAAAUUGUGCAUGUUAAAACUUCCCUUCCUUUUUCAGAAUAGCCUGUUCACAGGCUAUUUUCAGAAACAUUACAAAGUACCAGGGCUUGUAUUUUUCAAAGGCCCUUUUUGAGGAGCUUAUUUUUGGAGGGGCUUAUAUUCGGAGGGGUUUAUCUACUGUAUGAAGGGAAAUUUGCCUUUCAAAAUAGAUUGGGCUAGCCUUAUAGUUGGAAGUAAAUUGACUGUUUUUGCUUUGUUUUACUUUAUAUUUGAGGGCAUUUUUCCAAGUACAAGCCCCCAGAGGGCUUAUAUUUCAGGGUUGUCACUAAGAUUUCAAGUAGCCGGGUAAACACAACAAGUAGGCGGGGAAUCAAACGGCUAGAGAUUUCUUUUGGUUCUAUUUUUCUUCUAUUUUCCAAUAAAAUAUUUGGAAAAGCUCUUAAUGACAACCCUGUAUUUGGAAGGGCGAUUUAAUGGACGGUUUUUUGUGUUACUGGUUUGGGGGGCUUAUAUUUGGAGGGGCUUAUUUUCAGAAUUUUAGUGUAUUUUACUUGCUCUUCUCUCCCCAUGGAGGAUAAAGGACCACUCAGAGUCUUUGAAUCAAAAGAAGAAGUGUUAAUGUGUUAUGUAGGUGGGAGCACAAAUCUGAAAUCUAAAUCAAGGAAAGGAUGAAUGGGUUAACUCUUUGGAUAUGGGUGCUUUCAGUGGAGAUGAUCUGUAUUGGAGUUUAUGAUCCAAGGGAAUUCACACCAAGGUGCUUAAAAGCAAUCGCAAAAUCCCACCACCCUAACAAGGAGUUCCUCAGUCACUGCCAGCAGACUCAAAAAGUGCUCUAUGUUUUAUGCACUAAUUAACUAUCAGUUUAAGACAAGGGAACUGAAAAAUGUAGAGAAGUUGGUGAAGCAAAGGAAUGUGCAUUUUUGUACAAUCUGUGAAAUUAUAUUCCUAGUCUACAGGCUGUCGGUUCCUUUGAUGCACCAUGAUUUAUUUGACCUUGGAUCUUAAUUCUUGAUCUGGAUCAUCCUGAGGAAAUGUAUAGCCCUAUGGUUUGUUUCGCAUCACAGUGGCUGAUAACUUAUAAACAUGUUUCUCUUUCUUUCAUGUUAGACAAUGGAUGAUGCUUUAGCUGAUGAUGAUAGAGAUGAUACCUUGCUGCCUAUGUAGAAUUUUUAACCCUGAAGACAUUGUUGAACCUCAAGUCUUUUAAACUACCAUCAAAGUCGAAAAGAAAAGUUGGUCACUGAUGAAGCUAAUGUUUAGGUGAUUAACUCUGGCAUUGCAAGGCUUUAAUAGGCAUUAUGAAUUUAGUAUCUUAGAUAAGUAGUUAUAAAUCAUACGCGUGGAGGCCAUUCGCAGUCAUUUGCAGUCACUCUCGUACUCGAGAGUGUCUAAAGUAAAGUUUAGGGAAAAUACUAAAUUUUAUUUUGCAAAAAUUCACCGACCAACAAACUAUACUUUGCAGAAAUUCUGCUGUUGAGGUGUUAUUUGAAUGGUCACCAUACAAUUUAUUCCAUGGACUUACGUUAGUGUACAUGUAUAUUAUGCAGUCUUCCUCGCUGCCGUUUUUGUCUCGUCACGCAACAAGGGGAGGAGCGUUGCGUGACGAGACAAAAAACAGCUGCGUAGGAGACUGCUCUGUAACUGGUUACUUGGAGUUCGCGGUGUAGAUAGCUUAUUUGUAGUUUCCGCCUUUCGGCAUUUGCUUAUACAUGUAAGUGAUAGUCUGAUAGACAGGUUCAACUGUGAUUUCAAACCUAGGAAACGCAUAAAGCGGGUCCCUUGAAAUACUAUUAUGUUUCGGCUGGCGGGGACAAGAUACGAAACCCGUUCCCAGGGUCGGCAUAAGUUAGUUUUCUUCUCACCCCAGAGGAAGUGUGUAUCGGGAGAUGGGGACCGUUGAUGCGAGUUUGAUUAAGUACAAGGACUAAUUCAAUAAAACUUUUACAAGCCUUAACGUUAAUUUUAAAAACUGCGUAAAAAAUAUUAAUAAUCUUGGGCCCGAUUUCAGCUACCCUGUUCAGUGUUUUUAACUCGAAGGCUAGCGGGCUGAACAAAAUCCUUAAAUAAUCUUUCAAAUGAAGCAUAAAAAAGGUUGAACUUCCGAAAGCUAUUUACGAACAUAGCCAAGAAGCUAAAUGCGAGACUGAAAGGGAGCGAUUUGAAUCCGGUUGUGAGUCAAUUUCUUUAUUAAUUCAUUCGCUAGAACUGAACAAGAGCUACACUUUGAGAUCAUAGCCUGCGUUGCUACCGGACUUGUCACUCGAUAUAUGUCGGGGAUUUUAGUGGCGCAUCCAAACCUUCAGGCGGGG